CCUUGUGUCUCCGCAGCCAUUUCGUCCUUGUCUGCCCACAGGCUCAGCACCCACAACCAGUAUCGUACGAGAUCUCCAGCCCGCACCGAACAUCACCGGGCGGCCCACAAAAACCACACAAACAGCCGCCGACCUGCUCCUCGGUAAGCAGGGUCACAAAGCCAGGCCAGCUGUUGACGGCCGUUUUUCCGGAACGAAAAAAACAGCCCGUUUGCUCCUUUUGCCGCCGGGCCCUUCCAGACCAGGCACGGCCCAGUCCCAGCCGCCAGAAUGCACCCCGAAACCCCGAAAAACAGCAGCAAAGUCGCCGCCGGCUUGACGCCGUCCUUCACGUUUGGCAACGUGGGCGCGCUGCCGUCCGCGUUCCGCUUCGUGCUGCCCCGAAACAUGAACCUACUAAGCUCUUUGUCGCCGCACCGUCUCUUCAGCCGGCUUUGUAAGAACCCCGCCGACGACGCCACAAAAACGGGCCGCACCGCGUUCUUGGCGCCGCAGCCGCUGCAGCACGCGUCGCCGUCCAGACCCGUGUCGCGAGCCACGGCCCCCGCCGGCGGGGCGGAGGUGUUUCACGACGCCAUCUUGGCGCCCUUCACCGAGCCCCACCCCGCGCAGAACUUCCACCACGAGUCCACGGUCGAGCUGGUCAGCACCGCCGAUUCCGUGGACAUCUGGUCCUUCGCCAGCGACUCGCACGCGGCCUCCAUGAGCCUCACUGCCAUCUCCGAAAACGCCGACGACAAGGACGUUUUCUUCUCGCCGCACGACAUGUUCCUCGAAAAGAGCCCGCUUGACUGCGAGCUCUCCUUGUCCCAGGGGCAGCGGACGCCUGGGGCCCGCGGGGCCUGCGGGGGCCUGCCCGAAAACACCCGAAAACGGGUCCUUUCCGACCCCCACGACUCGCCAUGCACGAAGAUCGCCAACAAAGCAAGCGCGUUCGGGCUGCCCCCGCGCACGGCGCCGCCAGCGCCGCUGUCGGCUUUUAGAGACCCGAAGAAAGUGUGGACCAAGGCCUUGGAUGACGAGUUGAUGCGCUGUUUCCAGAAGUACAGCGCAUUCAAGCAGACCCAGGCCCCCGGCGAGGCCCUGCUGAGGGGCUCGUCGCAGAACAAGGUCUUGUCCCGCAUGCUCGAGAAAAAAACCGCCGUGCACCGCACGCCGAAACAGGUCUCGGGCAGGCUCUUGAAGUUGUUGAAGUCUGCGGCCCCCAAAUUAGUCGUGGACCCGGUGGCCGAAAGCACGCCCCUCAAACAAGAGCCGCGCCCCCUGCCUCACCUUGCGUUGCCGCAGAAAGCGUCUCAGGCCGAAGCCGUGGGCGCCGCUCUCGACACGUUCAACAUGUCGUUCCAAUACACCAACCCGAACCAGAAACACCAUGUGUUUGCCAGUCUUUCAGGAAACGAUUCGGCAUCAUACAGCGCCCUCUCCGUCGAGGAGGCCAGAAAACGCCUCCCGCAGACCAAUGGCCACUUCUUGGCACAAUUCGACAAACUUGCACAGCAAUUGCUGCAGCAAGGCGUGGUGGUCCAGAACGUGUCUUGUGACCUUCGCCUCGACCCAGGAGCGCCCAGUCUGUGUGGAUUGGUAUCGCCCAUGGACUGCCCUCGUCAGUUCGCGGAAGAAAACGGCAGCUUUCUGAUGUACCUGGCCGUGACGCUACGCGAAGACUCAUUCCCCGACGCUUUCGCCACACUCAAGUCCACCACAACUGUAUACAAGGGCGCCGGCCAGGCUCUUUUCACUCGCCAGGAAAGCAUCAACGGAUACCGCCAGGAAAACAAGUCGUUCCGCUUUGACGUGCCGUUUCUUCGUCCGUUCUGGGCCGGGGUUUUGACCUUCGUCGUGAAUGGAAGCAGUGACCCCUCCGACCUUGAGAGCCUCAUUGUCCUGCAAACAAUCUGUGAUGACACAGAAUCCGAAAAGAAAAUUUAUGGGUUCUUUGUCUACCGAUUCCGCGCGUCUGGUUCCGGAAACACAACCGUUGAGGUCAUCAACUUACCUGGUGGGAUUGGGUGUUCCCAGGAUAAUGAAAUUGACGAGCUAGAGACUAUCUUGGCGACUUCUCCGGUCAGGUCGUCUCCGUUCAAAGUUUCUCCCGCAAGGAGGAACCUUUACAUUCAGACGGGCUUUUCCACUUCCACCACGCCGGGUCCCCACUCGACGCCCACCUUUAACUCUGGGUUGUUGCACGAGAAUAAUGUGAACUACGAGUUUGCAAAACUGGCAGGCGGAGCCGCGAACAGACCUGCCAUGCCUGUCUCUAAGUCCGUGUCCAGUUUCAACUUUGAGAAGAGACCCGUCUCAGCUACCGUGCUGCAAACAAUUAUUCCUUUCAACCAGGGCAAUCGACACCAUUCUGCUGGCCAGAUGGGCUCGUUUACCCAAAUUCCCGCGUCAACAGAUGCGCAUGGCUACCGUCUCCCCCAGCCUCCCUACGCACCAUCUGCGGGUCAAAGUCCCUUCUUUGGCGGUCCUCCUGUCAUGAGUGGUACACCCCAUGCCCCCGUAAACCCGGCUCUCCCUAUGAACCAGAUGCCGCACCCGCUAAAGCAGUUGUAUUUUGAUGAGCAAACGGCAAUGCAUCCACAUGCUGCCUCGGCACCGCCUCCAAUGAUGGCACAUGUUCCAUUGCAAGUUUCUACCAGCUAUCAAGUCCCCCAGGAGAUCAAUUCAGCACCUGCGUCGCAACUACAAUUUUUCCCACAAACUGGACAGCCUGACAAAGAUGCUGCAAAGAGAGCGAGGAGAGCGGGUCCUCCGCUUCAAUUCCGCACGAUGCUCCAGUAUGACCCAUCCAAAGAUGUGUCGUCCGACCCCAGGAAGGAGAAAACACAAAAAAGCCAUCAUACGUUUCCAGCCAAGCCAGAGGUAGUGUUCAAGUCAGAAAACAUGUAAAUGCUGUGGAGACGGUCAGCCUGGCUUUGUUAAUGAUGCGUUCACGUGGGCAUGGCCCAACUUGGGGAAAAACAAAGACAGCGACUGCUGUAUGGGAAUGUGGGG